AUCCCGCCACUGCCAGCGCCAGGGAGCAAUGGAGUCACCAGUACAGCUCGCGUUAGCAGCUCUAUUGGGAGCCUCGGUCAUGGCUAUCUCCGCUUUCUACAUUCAUAAACGCAGUGUCGACCAAGUCCUCGACCGUCUUAUUAAGCUCCGCCGCAAACAUCUGCCCUCCUCCACCCUCAGAAACCACUACAACUGCCAUAUCGUCUCCGACGCCGAUGAAGAAGAUGCUGAUUACUCGGCUGCUGCAUAUAGUGAGGAAUGCAUUAAUAGAGGUAGGCGGGAUAAGUUAUCGACAUCAUUUGACAAUAUCGAUGGAAUUAUUGGGGAUGGUGUGGAGGAGGAGGAAAAAGCGCGGGUUGGACUUUAUAGAGUUUGGUCGUCGAUGCCGAAUGUGAGAACAUCCAAUGAGUGGAUUGAUGAGGAGGAGAAGAAAGCUUUGUCAAAUUUAUUGGAUCAUAAUCUUGAUAUUAUUUCAUCUGACUUGCCUCCUCUUCGAACUCAGCAGAGAGAUGGAGAUGAUCAAUAUGUUGACCACUUGGGCCCACAGCUUAUGGUAGGAUCAAUUGGUCGUUUAGUUACUCCAAGAUCAUCUGCUGGUUAUACUGUUGAUAGUGCAGGAGAUUCUGAUGAGGAAGAAACUGAGCGUACAACUAUGGGUGCCACUCUUUUGUCUUACAACAAGGAAAUAAAUAUUAAUAUCCCAAAUCUACACAUGGCUCCAUCAAAUGCUGAAAAUGCCAACUACAUCCAAGCUCAACGAUGCAAAGAAAUCGCACAUGAAUCAAAAGCUAAUGGAAAUGAUGAGGAUGCAAAGGUUGAAAAGGCUUCAAUGCACACAAUGAGAAGUUCUUGCACCAGUACUAGCAAAUAUUUACCUGUGAGGGCUACAGUUCAUGAAUCACUGAACAUUGAAGAGGAAGAAGUACUGAAGAUGAUUCGGGAAUGUUUAGAUUUGAGGGAAAAAUAUGUUUUCAGGGAAAAAGUUCCUCCAUGGACUAAAGUAGUCCAGGAAUCUGCCACAUCAGAUGUAAAACAGAAUCCAUUUAACUCUGCUCCCGUUGAAGCCACUGCACACCACUUUAAAAUGGAAGAUGGAGUUGUACAUGUCUAUGCCAAUGAAAGUGAUACUGAAGACCUUUUCCCUGUUGCAAAUGCAACAUCAUUUUUCACUGAUAUGCAUCAUAUCUUGAAAGUGAUGUCUGUUGGAAAUGUUCGCUCUGCAUGCCAUCAUCGAUUGCGGUUCCUUGAGGAGAAAUUCCGUCUUCACCUACUAGUAAAUGCUGAUAGGGAAUUUCUGGCUCAAAAGAGUGCUCCUCAUCGUGAUCUAUAUAAUAUCAGAAAAGUUGAUACUCAUGUACAUCAUUCUGCUUGUAUGAACCAGAAGCAUCUUCUCCGGUUCAUCAAAUCAAAAUUAAAAAAAGAACCAGAUGAGGUUGUCAUAUUCCGUGACAGGGUCUUUGAGAGUUUGGACUUGACAGGGUAUGACCUUAACGUUGAUUUGCUAGAUGUGCAUGCUGAUAAGAGUACCUUCCAUCGCUUUGACAAAUUCAAUCUCAAGUAUAAUCCUUGCGGGCAAAGCAGACUCAGGGAGAUCUUUCUAAAGCAGGACAAUCUCAUCCAAGGGCGUUUUCUGGCUGAAGUAACAAAGGAAGUGUUAUCGGAUCUUGAAGCUAGUAAAUACCAGAUGGCUGAGUACCGAAUUUCAAUCUAUGGAAGGAAACAAAGUGAAUGGGAUCAGCUUGCAAGUUGGUUUGUUAACAAUGCACUAUAUAGUGAAAAUGCUGUGUGGUUAAUUCAGCUUCCACGGCUGUACAACAUCUACCGGAGUAUGGGCACUGUUACAUCCUUCCAGACCAUAUUAGAUAACGUAUUCAUACCACUUUUUGAAGUUACUGUCGACCCACGUUCUCACCCUCAUUUACAUCUGUUCCUAAUGCAGGUUGUAGGAUUUGACAUUGUAGAUGAUGAAAGUAAACCAGAGAGGCGCCCGACCAAACACAUGCCUAAGCCAGCUGAAUGGACUAAUGAAUUCAACCCUGCCUUCUCUUAUUAUGCCUAUUACUGCUAUGCAAACUUGUAUACACUGAAUAAGCUUCGGGAAUCGAAAGGACUGCCGACAAUUAGGUUCCGCCCUCACUGUGGGGAGGCAGGUGAGAUAGACCAUUUAGCUGCUGGGUUUCUUUUAUGCCACAAUAUUUCUCAUGGGAUCAAUUUGAGGAAAUCGCCUGUCCUGCAGUACCUGUACUACCUUGCGCAGAUUGGUUUGGCAAUGUCUCCACUUAGCAAUAAUUCACUUUUCCUUGACUAUCAUCGCAACCCAUUUCCUGUGUUCUUCCAGCGAGGUUUAAAUGUCUUC